AUGCACGGCUCUCUUCUGGAGAUACAGAGGUGGCAGACGGACGAGAGUGAGAUCUGGGUCAACUCGUGGCCUAAAGUGAGCGCUGUCCUAAUCUGUCCGUCGGGGGGCGAAAAGAGGUUACCGGUUAUAGACUAUGAGGUCAAACUCUUCGCCUUGACCAAAGAGGCAUGUCGUGGACUCCUGAACAGUCAGAAUCUGUUUGACGGACGACACAGGAUUGAUUUCACUGCCGCUCGUGAGACGAUAUGGCCGGUGAUAGAGGGUGAGGCACAGUCCUGUGGCUACGACGUGAAAACGGAAGAGACUACAGCGCAACUGAUGUACUUACCGGACGCUGUCGACAUACCGGAUAUGCAGGAUAUACCUGAAGGUAUGACCUUGGGUGACCUUCACCCUCGGUACAGCUCCCGACUGGCCCCUCUUUGGGCGUACGGACCGUCACCAGCAGAAACCGACCUCUAUAUGUCCGGUGUGAUAUCCAGCUUUCCCUCUCUGGCGGUGCACGACCAGAGUACGGACGAGCUCCUGGCCUGGAUGAUUUGUUACGAGGAUGGAGCUAUGGGCCACCUGUAUGUCUGCCCGUCCGUCCGCCGCCGAGGACUGGCAAGACUCCUCGUUACACGGCUGGCCGCGAAGAUCAGAGAACGUGGACAAACGCCGUUUAUUUACAUCGAACCCAGUAACAAAGUAUCUUAUAACUUGCACAGCAGUCUUGGAUUUGUUCUUGUGGAAGAAAAAGUCUCUUGGAUUUCGUGCCUCAGGCAGAGCAGGGUUGAUCUUUCUUAGCUGCCAACAAAAUGUUUAAAAAUCUGAAAAAAAACUUUUAUAAUAAACUGGACAUCGACAUUUUCUUAAAGGAUACAUGAAAAGAUACUAAAAAACGAAAGAGUAUGCUUUUAUGUAAAAUGAUGAAAGAAAUGUUCCCCAAAAAACUCACAUUUCAUUUUGCGAGCAUGUUUUACAUUUCUUUACAACCACUAUUCUUUAUGCAUUUUUCCGCCAGUGGUCGGAAAAAUUCGGAAAUGACACCAUCGAUGAACAUUCUGAGAAUGUGAGACCAGCCUAGCACCCCAAUGUAGGCUCUCGCAUGUACAAAGCUAUCAGCGUUGACGCCACAACACCAGGCAGCUGAAUUUCAGGACUGAGGACAGCUGUAGCCAUUUUUACACCCCAAGAAGAAGGCUAAGAAGCCUUUUUGUCCUGUUAUAUGU